AUGGGCGGCGGCGGCAGAGCAAUGGGCGCCGGCUGGCUGGCUUCGGGGGUCCGCGCCGGCGACCGCCUGGGCGCAGCGGGGACCUGGAUGAGUUCCCGCGCCCUGCGUCCGCCGCUCCCGCCUCUUUCCUUUCUCUUUCUGUUGUUGCUGGCGGCGCCGGGGGCUCGAGCCGCUGGAUACGAGACAUGCCCCACUGUGCAGCCGGACAUGCUCAACGUGCACCUGGUGGCCCACACACAUGAUGACGUGGGCUGGCUCAAGACAGUGGACCAGUACUUUUAUGGCAUCAAGAAUGACAUCCAGCAUGCUGGCGUACAGUACAUCCUAGACUCAGUCAUCUCCGCCCUGCUGGCAGAGCCCACCCGCCGCUUCGUCUAUGUGGAGAUGGCCUUCUUCUCCCGCUGGUGGUACCAGCAGACAAAUGCAACACAGGAAACCGUGCGGCAGCUGGUGCGCCAGGGGCGCCUGGAGUUUGCCAAUGGUGGCUGGGUGAUGAACGACGAGGCGGCCACCCAUUAUGGCGCCAUUGUGGACCAGAUGACACUCGGGCUGCGCUUCCUGGAGGACACAUUCGGCAACGACGGGCGCCCCCGUGUGGCCUGGCACAUCGACCCCUUCGGCCACUCUCGGGAACAGGCCUCACUGUUCGCCCAGAUGGGCUUUGAUGGCUUCUUCUUCGGGCGCCUCGAUUAUCAGGAUAAAGAAGUGCGGAAGGAAAAGCGGCAGAUGGAGCAGGUGUGGCGGGCCAGCGACAGCCUGAAGCCCCCAACUGCCGACCUCUUCACUGGUGUGCUCCCCAACAUUUAUAACCCACCGGAUAAUCUGUGCUGGGAUGUGCUGUGUGCUGACACGCCUGUGGUGGAGGAUCCCCGCAGCCCUGAAUAUAACGCCAAGAAGAUGGUCGAUUACUUCCUGCAGCUGGCUGCUGCCCAGGCCCAGUACUACCGCACCAACCACACCGUGAUGACCAUGGGCUCGGACUUCCAAUAUGAGAACGCCAACAUGUGGUUCAAAAACCUGGACAAGCUCAUCCGGCUGGUCAAUGCCCAGCAACAGGCAAACGGGAGCCGAGUCCAUGUUCUCUACUCCACCCCGGCUUGUUACCUCUGGGAGCUGAACAAGGCCAACCUCACCUGGUCUGUGAAACAGGACGACUUCUUCCCCUACGCGGACGGCCCCCACAAAUUCUGGACUGGCUAUUUUUCCAGCCGGCCGGCCCUCAAACGCUACGAGCGCCUCAGCUACAACUUUCUGCAGGUGUGCAACCAGCUGGAGGCGCUGGCGGGCCCGGCGGCCAACGUGGGAUCCUAUGGCUUGGGAGACAGUGCACCACUCAAUGAGGCGAUGGCGGUGCUCCAGCACCACGAUGCCGUCAGCGGCACCUCCCGGCAGCACGUGGCCGACGACUACGCGCGCCAGCUAGCGGAGGGCUGGGGACCCUGCGAGGUUCUCGUGAGCAACGCGUUGGCGCGGCUCAGCGGUUCCAAGGAGGACUUCAAGUUCUGCCGCGAUCUCAACAUCAGCCUCUGCCCGAUCAGCCAGACGGCGGCGCGGUUCCAGGUCACCAUUUAUAACCCUCUGGGGCGGAACGUGGAUUGGAUGGUGCGGCUGCCAGUCAGCAAAAGCGUUUUCCUCGUGAAAGACCCCAAUGGCAGGACUGUGCAGAGCAAUGUGGUGAUACCUCCCAGCUCAGACAGUCAGGAGCAACAUCCGGAGCUGCUCUUCUCAGCCUCCGUGCCCGCCCUCGGUUUCAGCAUCUACUCAGUAGUCCAGGUGCCUGGCCGGAACCCCAAGGCCCGCAUCCCCCUCUCCAGACCCCAGAAGUCCUGGUCCCGUGACUUGGCCAUCGAAAAUGAGUACAUCCGGGCUACCUUCGACCGUAACACGGGGCUCUUGAUGGAGAUUGAGAACAUGGACCAGAAACUCCUGCUGCCCAUUCGCCAGGCCUUCUUCUGGUACAAUGCCAGCAUAGGUGACAGCAUAAGCAGCCAGGUUUCGGGUGCCUACAUCUUCAGACCUAACCAACCGAAACCCCUGCCUGUGAGCCGCUGGGCUCAGACCCGCCUGGUGAAGACGGCCUUGGUGCAGGAGGUGCACCAGAACUUCUCAGCCUGGUGUUCUCAAGUGGUUCGCCUGUACCCGGGACAGCGGCACCUGGAGCUGGAGUGGACGGUGGGACCGAUACCUGUGGGCGAUGGCUGGGGGAAGGAGGUCAUCAGCCGCUUUGACACGCAACUGGAGACAAAGGGACACUUCUACACAGACAGCAAUGGCCGGGAGAUCCUGAAGAGGAGGCGGGAUUAUAGACCCACCUGGAACCUGAACCAGACUGAGCCGGUGGCAGGAAAUUACUAUCCAGUCAACAGCCGAAUUUACAUCACGGAUGGAAACAUGCAGCUGACUGUGCUGACCGACCGCUCCCAGGGGGGCAGCAGCCUGCGAGACGGCUCUCUGGAGCUCAUGGUGCACCGAAGGCUGCUGAGAGACGACGGACGCGGAGUAGGGGAGCCACUGCUGGAGGCGGGAUUGGGGGUGUGGGUGCGAGGGCGGCACCUCGUGCUGCUGGACCGGGUCCGGACUGCGGCCGCUGGGCACCGGCUGCUGGCAGAGAAGGAGGUCCUGGCCCCACAGGUGGUGCUGGCCCCGGGUGGCGGUGCCCCCUACCAUCCCGGGACCACCCAUCGCACGCAGUUCUCAGGGCUGCGCCGGGAGCUUCCGUCCUCAGUGCACCUGCUCACGCUGGCCCGCUGGGCCCCGGACAUGCUGCUACUGCGCUUGGAGCACCAGUUCGCCGUGGGGGAGGAUUCGGGCCGCAACCUGAGCUCUCCCGUGACCUUGGAUUUGCGGGACCUGUUCUCCACCUUCACCAUCACCCGCCUGCAGGAGACCACUCUGGCAGCCAAUCAGCUCCGGGCCAGCGCCUCCAGGCUCAAGUGGACACCAAAUACAGGCCCUACCCACCACCCCACUCCUUCCUUGCUGGACCCAGCCACCGUCACACUGCAGCCCAUGGAAAUCCGCACCUUCCUGGCCUCAGUCCAAUGGAAAGAGGAUGGCUAGGCCUGUGGGGAUGGCCGGUUCCCAGCCUGAGCCCUUUGCUUGGGGGAUGGGGCAGACUCUCCUCUUACUGCUGCUCCUCCCACCAACAAAAGCCAUUAAAAU